AUGUCUGGCUGGCUACUGAACUCAGCUUUCCCUCCAACCGUCAGGACAAUUCUCGGGAGAAGAAUUUACGGACCGCUCUCGACAUGGUCACAUGGAAGGGCGGCGGCGCGUUGGCCGACACACUGCUGCCAGCGAAAAUAUUAUAAGAACUGCGAGCAGAGACGAGGUCGUCAGCUGGCCAUGCUUCGCCUGCUCUUUGCCUCCCUGUGGGCUCUUCCCGCCCUCGCUCUCCAAGACGGGCUCCAUUUUAGCCUGGAAUCGCGUGCGACGAACAAGGAUGGGUCCCUACCGGUUUACAAAAACCCCAAAGCGUCAAUCGAGGCGAGGGUGGCGGACUUGUUGCCACGGAUGACCGUGAAAGAGAAGGUUUCGCAGAUCAUCCAAGGCGACAUAAAGUCCUAUAUCGCGAACCCAUUCGACCCAUUAGACAACACACUGCAGUUCAACCAGACAGGGCUUGCCGAAAUGUACGCGCAAACAGGAGGCUCCGUCUGGGCGGGCUACCAAAUGCCUUGGGAAAAACUUGCUUUCGCCGUUAAUGUCGCUCAAAAGUACAUGAUCGAAAAUACCACCUUGGGCAUUCCUGCGUUGUUCCAGUCCGAAGGUCUACAUGGCUUUACGGACAAUGGCACGACGUUCCCUUCUCCAAUCGGUCUUUCCGCAUCAUUCAAUACCGAUCUCGUCAAACAAGUAGCCCAAAUCAUUGGAAGCGAAGCAGAGGGACUGGGAAUAAACCACAUUUUUGCGCCAGUCUUGGACUUGUCGCGAGAACUUCGCUGGGGCAGAGUAGAAGAAAAUUUUGGCGAAGAUCCCUUCUUGACUGGAGAGGUCGGCAACGCGUAUGUCACAGGCUUGCAGUCCGGAAAGCGGAGAAAUGCCAGCUCGACAGCUAUUGCGCGUGUUGCAGCAACCUGCAAGCAUUUUGCGGCUUUUGGCUCCCCUCAAGGUGGCUUAAACAUCGCUCAGGUCUCUGGAGGAGAGCGUGAGCUGCGAACAACUUUCCUCAAGCCAUUCAAUCGAGCAUGCUUGAAUGCGUUGUCAUUCAUGACCGCUUACUCCAGCUACGAUGGUAUUCCGGCAGUGGCUAAUAAACAUUUGUUGACCGACAUUCUUCGUAACGAAUGGGGCUACAAAUACUGGGUCACUUGUGAUGCUGGUUCAAUCGAUAUGCUUUACAAUCUUCACUUCACAUGCGACUCCCGCGAAUGUGCUGCAAAAACAGCAUUGGAGAAUGGUCUGCAAGGUGAAAUGGGUGGUGGGACAUACACAUAUCUCACCCUUCCCGACCAGGUUGCAGCCGGGAAGGUCGAUGAGAAACUACUUGACCAGACUGUUGCGGCCAUGUUACGGACCAAAUUUUCUUUGGGGCUGUUCGAGAAUCCAUAUCCAUAUGCGGAUUACACUUCCAGUCUCCGUACAGCAGCAUCGCGCAAUGUUCUUCAUUCCAUCGAGUCUGAGGCUAUCGUUCUGUUGGAGAACCGCAAAAACACACUUCCUCUCAAAAGCGGCUUAAAGUCGAUCGCGUUGAUUGGGCCACACGCGAAUCGGGUCACGCUUGGCGACUACGUUUUCCUCAACGCCACUCUUAAUGGCAUCACCCCAGUCGCUGGUGUUAAUCAAUUCAUCUCUAGUCCCGCGGCUGGAGGGUUUUCCAAUGUCAAGGUCAACUACGCAGAAGGCUGCAAGCUAUGGUCUAACGACCAGUCUGGUUUCUCGGCUGCCGUACACGCGGCACAAGGCUCGGACGUUGCAGUUGUGAUGGUGGGCACUUGGAGUCUCGAUCAAACCAACCUUUGGACCCCUGGCACGAAUGCAACAACCGGAGAGCAUGUUGACUUGAGUGAUUUGGCGCUUGUUGGUGCACAGUUGGCGCUGGUGAAAGCUGUGAAAGCAACGGGAAAACCAACAGUGGUCGUCUUUGUUUCAGGAAAGCCUAUCGCGGAACCAUGGAUCCAAGCCAAUGCGGAUGCAGUUAUCCAGCAAUUCUAUCCUGGCGAACUUGGCGGACUCGCACUUGCCGAAGUUCUAUUUGGUGCAGUCAACCCUUCUGGCAAACUACCUGUGUCCUUCCCCCGCUCUGUUGGCACGACCCCCGUCUUUUAUAACUACUUGAAGGGCAGUCGGCCCAUCGACCCUGGACAAGUCAUGGAUGAUGGCAGGUUGCAAUUCGGUCAUCAGUAUGUGCUCGACAGCCCCGUUCCCCUUUGGAGCUUUGGCCAUGGCUUGAGUUACACAACAUUCGCAUAUACUGACUUGAAGCUGUCCCCCGCCAAGAUUAGCGGUUCGCAGCCGUUCAAUGUCGUCGUGACAGUCCACAACACUGGAUCCGUUGCUGGGAAAGAGGUGGUGCAGGUGUAUGCAACAGACCUCGUCAGCUCCACCGUCACUGCGAACCAACAACUCGUUGGCUUCCAAAAGGUCGACAUCCCUGCGGGUGGAUCGACGACCGUUACCAUCCCCGUUGACUCCUCCCAACUUGCGGUCUGGACGUUACAGAACAAAUGGGUGGUAGAGCCGGGGGUCUUCUCGAUAAAAAUUGGGACGAGCGACCAGGUAUUCGCCCAGUCGAACUUGACUGUAACGUAG